AUGACCGACAGCCGCGACGGAAGUGGCGCUGUGCCGACCUGGGAUGGCUCUGCACGGGCAUGGCGAAGAUACACCAGGGAGGUGGCAUGGUACGUGCAGAGCACACCUGCGCAUAAGCGCAGGCACUGCGCGAGCAAGCUCAUGGGCAGACUUACUGGCCCAGCACGACUGCUGGCGAUGAGCUGGCAGCAAGCGGUCUUCGAUGUGGAGGACGGCACAACGAAGCUUCUUCAGAAGUUGGCCUCAUCUCCACUGGUUCGUCGAAGCUUGCCGAACGCAGCGGCGAUCUGCCAGCAGUACUUCAGCUUCAGAAGGUCCGCCCAUGAGAGCAUCGGCAACUUCUUGGUGAGAGAGACGCUGGUCCACGAGGAGUUCGUGGAAGCUUUGAUCAGGCUUCAUGAAGAGAAGCUUGGUGUUUCGCAAUCGGACCGGGACUUUGGGCUUCCGGCCGUGGAAGCCUCCUGGAAAGACUACGAAUGGCAAGGUGAAGGAUGGGAACCCGGCGAUUGGUGGUGGUACGAGGACGAGAUUGCCGAGGAGGGCGAUGGUGAAGGUGCUGCUCCUGCCGCUGAUUCUCCGGAAGACCCAGCAGCGGCGGAAGGUGAAGGCGCUGAACACCCUCCUCGUGACGAUUCUCCGGGUCGUGUACGAGCCACCACAGGCUCCUCACCUAGCCAUCGGGAGGAACCUCAGUUGCCGAAGCUCAGAUCGAGUCCCCCUUCCGUGAGCCCUCCAGCUGAAGGACUCACGAAGCCGAUCGAUGAACUCUCCGUCGCGGACAGCUUCAUUAUGGGAGUCCUCCGUGGAUGGCGCUUACUUCAAGCUGCAGGCCUCACGGCCGAGGAGAAGCGGGACAUCCUCAGCACGUCCCGCAACAGCUUGGACUACGAAGUCGUGGCUCAAGCACUGCAGGGGCUAUGGGAUGAGCAGCUCCUUGGACAACGACCUCAUGGAAACGGCGGCUACCAGAACUACGCGGCCUACCACGACGACAUGGACCUGCAGUACCAGGACGCCACGACCGACUGGGAUGAUGAGGAGAACUCCUGGUGGGAUCAUACCGGCUACGCUGCCGAAUGGGGCGACCCUUCCUGGUGGGACGAGGACUACGACGAGGCGUACCCCGCAACUACCGAGGAGCCCAAUGAGCCUGACGAUGACAAGUACAAGGAAGCACAGCAAGCUGAAAAGAUUGCGGAGCAGCUUGCUCUGGAAGCACGCCGCACUUGGACUGAAGCGCAAAAGGCGACACAACAACUUCGCCGCGACAGGGGCUUUGGAGCUUCGCAUGGAGCCCCUGGCCAGUGUUUCCUAUGUGGCGGUCCCCACAUGGCUCGAAUGUGCCCUAAUCGAACCAAAGGAAAAGGCCAGUUCAAGGGCAAGCCUGGAUCCUUCAAUGGCAACUACGCUGACUACGAGAGCUACUUCGUUGGCAAGGGCAAGGGCAAAUCCAAAGGCAAGUUCAAGGGCAAGACGACCAUGUGGAUGGAAGGUCAAGCUGCGUGGCACAAGGGGAAAGGCAAGCAUCGGGAACCACCUCGGUCUGUGAAUGCCUACUCUUCUGAUAUGUACCUCGCUGGCCUCCAGGUGAGUGAGACCAUGGACUUGUCUUCAAUGAGCUCUGCGCGCCCUGAGCCUCAAACCGGCAUGCUUGAUAGUGGAGCCACAGCCUCUGCUGCCCCAGAGGCAGUGGUCAAAGGUCUCAUCGAGGCUGUGCUCAGCCGCGACCGUGGAGCCCGCAUCGACCUGGAGCAAUAUGCGAGACCUUACUUUCGGUUCGGCAAUGGUAAGUGGGGUCGUGCAUUGGGACGAACUACAAUUACGAGUAAUGUUUCCGGUUCUACUCGAAAGUUCUCCCUCUACACCCUACCAAAUCCGUCCGAGUAUUACACCAGUCACUUUGACAAGGGCUCGCUGGUUCCCGUGUUGAUUGGCAUGGACUUCCUUGGCCCCGCAGGAAUGGGUUUGAUCAUAGACUUCUCCACUGGUCUUGCCCUACAAUCUAAGGAAGAACAUCCUGAGAUAUUCCACCUCAAGACCAAUGCUAAAGGCCAUUACGUACUCGACAUCGUUGAGUUUCUUACGCAAGGACAUGUCAACCUUGAAGGUCAAGCACAUCUGGUAGUGAGCUCAAGUACCCCUUCGUCGCCGAAGACCCUGUUACAUCAUGCCCUCGAGCUUGGUACAGUUUGGUUUGAUCUGACAGCACAGGAAGCCGAUGUUGAGCAUGAAGCUUUGAUUCGAUCGCGCAAUAGGUUGUUGAUGCUUCAUCAGCACUCUCGGGAACUGCGACAACGACUUUGUGCCGCCGCAGCCUCGACCUCUCAAAUGUCUGGCCCCUCAGCGGCCACUCGAGAAUCCCCAACUUCCUCUUCGCGAUCCCCGGGCGACGCUCUGAAUCAUGGCGACCCCGGAGCAGACUCUCAUCUCGCAGAUCAAGGCCAACACCAAGCCGAAGGCGAAGGCAGCUCCUUUGGACCCAUCGAGACGGGUGACAAUGGACCUUCGCGACCCCCGAACUGGAGGAGAUCAAUGGCCUUGCCACUCCCAGCACGUGCCGGGCAAGGUGCAGGCGAACGGUCAUGGAGCCUGGGUCCACUGCGCGGUCUGCAAUCUACGACUGGAGUAUGUUCCCCGCAAGGGGAGUCCGGCGGCAACUACGAAGGUGGAGAACCCCAGCAUGGUGAAACGUAUGCUCACCCAGCUGGAGAGCAUCAUGGGACCUGUGAAGCCGACCUCGGCCAUCUGCCUGGCCAUGCAGCGGAAGAUCGACGCGGAGGAGCAGCUGAACCACAUUGUGCAGCAGCAGAUGACGGAUCCAGCGGCGCCGAGGACUACUACGACAACCCCGUCUACACCAACGCCGCAGACAACGGCACCGGCAAGCACAAGUCCCGCCGACUCCAACAACAGCUGGCUCAUCGCGAACGACAACGAGGAGGAUCUUCCAACUGCCUACGCCAACACCGGAAUGUGAAGCCAUGUUCAAGCUACCACGGGCAUAAGAUCAUGGCUUUUGCAUCCUUGAUGACGGCGGCUACUACCUCUCUCUUGGCAGGCCUUCAUCUACAUGAUCGCGAUGGCCUGUGGGAGAUAUCUGCUGCCCCACACAGUCUUCUGAGUGAUGCAGCUGCUGAGCAUGGAUUGCAGCCUCGCAAAAUCAACCUCAGCACAGGCUAUGAUCUCUACAAGGCGUCUACAUGGGACGGGCUACUUGAUCUACUACAACGCAAACGUCCUGUGCGGUUGUGGUUUUCACUGCCGUGUACCAAAUGGUGCCCUUGGACCGCGGUAGACUAUGACAACCACGAACGACGAGAACAACUGGAGACCUAUCGCCGACGAGAACGUCGGAUGCUGUGGAACUUCAACAAGUUUGCCAAGGCCUCCCUCGCUGUUGAUCCUGAUCUUCAGUUGUACUUUGAGUGGCCCACGACAAGUCGAGGCUGGAGACUUGGAGCCCUCACUGAUCUGGAGGCCUUUCUGGAACAACAUGAAGUACCCUGGCUCCACUGUCGUGUCGAUGGGUGUUGCUAUGGAUUGAUGGACGAGGACGGAGAUUCCUUCGUCCAGAAAAAGUGGAGCAUCCUCACCACCGAUGAGCAAUUCCACCGGAACUUCAAGGCCAAAAUCUGUCCCGGCAACCACAAGCACAACCACACAGCCUGCAAUAGCCACGCCAAGGAGUCCUACUACCCGCCACGGAUGGUUCAAGCCAUUGCCAGGCACUGGCGCGGUCAACUUGUGCCUGGACGUCAUCUACAUCUUCUGUCACUUCCCGAUGAUCUUCCUGCCCUGACGGAGGAACCCAACCAACAGUCCGACGACUACAACAAUGUGGCAGUUCUACAGGAGUGUGAUGAUGUCACGGACGAGGAGAUGGAUCUCUGCGUGAGUGCCGGUCAGCGAUUAACACUGGAAGCCAUGGCCCGAGAAGCUCGUCUACGGAACCAACUAUCCUUUGACAUGCUGGAGACGAUCAUGACUGAGCUCUUCAACAAUGCUGUGCCUCGAGGACCUCCCAAUCUUCGAUGGAACCGUGAACGGCAAGGUCAUAUGGCACUUGGAGCAUACUCCCACGGAGCCUUUGGUGGAGUGUGCAAGUCCACCUACAAGUACAAGGAGUUGGUCCUCUACAUCAACGGCUUUAUUCAGCAACAUUGCCCUGGGCAUGAGUGGACCAGCUUGAUGCUGACCAAGAACUGCCGAGCUCUACCUCAUCGUGACCAUCACAACAUGGUUGGCAGCACGAAUCUUCUGUUCUGCACCGGCUCUUUCACUGGUGGCGGUCUGUGGAUUGGACAAGUCUGCGAUGACCUACCCAAACUACGAAGACGAAUGAUGGAUGGAACCUACAAGGCAGGCCACGUGAAAGAGACCAAGAACAAAUUCGUCUACUUUCAGCCAAAGGUUGACCACGCCACCGAGCAAUGGCGCGGAACGAGGUUUGGUGUGUCUGCCUACACGACACGGAUGCUACCACACCUGAAGCCGGAUGAACUUCAAGCUCUACGUGACCUCGGCUUCAAGUUUGAUGCGAAUCGGAGCCCUGGCUCCGACGAAUUGGACGCUCUACCCGCAGAACAAGACAAACCUCCGUCUGCCAGUGACCUACGACCAGAUGAUAUCAGCCAGGCUGAGUAUGACUCCUGGGUGGCCAAGAUAGCAAAAUUUCACAAGGCGGCUGGUCACCCCACGAACCGCAACCUGGCCAAGAUCAUUCAGGAUGCUGGACACCCAACUUGGAAGAUGGAUGUUGCGCUCCACCAUCAUUGUCCGGCCUGCGAAUCCCUUCGAGCUGGAGGCACCAGCUCUGGUCGUGUGCCACCUGCCUCGACACACUUGAACUACUCAGCUUGGGAAGCCGUCGGCAUCGACACCGGCGAAUGGAUUCCACCCGGCAAGAAGACCAAAGUGAAGUUCAUUGUUUUCGUGGACAUGGCUACACGAUUGCGUGUGGUCCAGCCCCUCUUCGUCUACGACUUCCUCACCACCAAGGUCGAGUCUGGUCAGGACUUCAUUCGUGCCUUUUCUGAACGAUGGCUUGGCUCUUACCCCAAGCCAAAGCUAGUCAUCAUGGACUCGGCCAAAAGCUUCGUGUCGGAAACUGUCAACAACUUCCUGAGCGACCUCAACAUUCAAGUUCACAUUGUGGCCGAGAAAGAACAUUGGGCCAACGGACUUGUGGAAUCCACCGUGCAAGACUUGAAGCAAACUUCGUCUGCUAUACAUCUUGAUUCUCAGGAUGUUGAGGUGUCGGUUGUGAUGCACCUCGCAGCGGCUGCUCUCAAUGCCACGGAGUUCGUUGCUGGCUAUUCGUCACACCAAUGGGCCUUCGGAACGAAUCACUCGCCAACAGACGAGGAUGUGCGGACCUAUCAACUUGUCGAGCCCAAGAUUGACUACGCCAGAUUGAUCACUGCCCGACAGAGGGCGGAGGAGAUUGCUGUGGCCACACGGGCCCGGCGAGUUCUGAGCAAGCUCGGGAACACUACCGUCCGUCAGCCCCUUCGAGAGUUCUCCCCGAUGCAAUUGGUCAAGGUGUGGCGACAUGUGUGGCCUCGUGAACAACACAAAGGGCCGAGAGGAGGCUACAAGAAAAGCGGACGCCCUCAUUGGAUAGGACCUGGCCGCGUGAUGUUUUCUGAGGUGCUUCCCCAUCAACAAGAAGGCGAUCAUCGGCGACAUGUUGUUUGGGUGUUGAUUGGCAGCCAACUGCUACGAUGCUCAGUUCACUCUGUGAGGCCUGUCACAGAAGUUGAACGGUUUCAGUAUGAGACCACGACCCACGAGGACGUUACACGCUGGAAGUCACUUGCGGAUGUUUUGCCCCGGAAGGAGUACCACGAUCUGGUUGAUGAUGUUCCUGACGAAGACGAAGUGGAACUUCCUGAUCUUCCUCUUCAACCAGAUGAGACGACGAUGGUGAAUCCUCCCCGACGCCUUCGCACAAAGACCUCCUCUGUUCGAUUCCAACCUUAUGGACAACAAGCCGAUGACGAACCAGAUGGUGAAGAACCACCUGAUCCACUACCUCCUCCCGUCAAUGACUAUCAACCAGCAACCUCAUCGACAACUCCACCGACACCUACAACAACACCACACCGUCAUGCUGACUCUCAACCUACAGAACAACCUGAUCCCAAACGUUCUCGACGUGAAGAUAUUACAUGGGUUCAAGAACUUGAAGCAGCUGCUCUUCAAGAACAUGAAGAAAUGGACAUUUUUCAUGCUCUACAAGAAACUCAAGAGUUUCUCAAGAUCGAGUUCGACGUGGAGCCUCCAGCAUCAAACCGCCAGCGGAAGUUCCUGGAGCGAAACCCCGUUGCCUAUAUGGUCAAGAAGAUGCGAGACUCCGAGGUGAGCCUGUCUCGCCUACCACCACGGGAGCUCUCCCUGUUCAACCGCGCUAAGGCCAAGGAGGUAGAUAGUUUCUUGCGGAAUGAGGCAGUCCGGAAAUGCCUCAACGAUGAGGAGGUGAAGCAAGCCUACGAAUCAGGACGAAUCGUUCGAGCACGAUGGGUUCUGACCUGGAAGUCUGUUCCACCAGAAGAUCAAGCGGAUGCUGAACGUGACGCCCGGGAGAAUCCGGACAAGACCCUACACGACUCCAAAGGUCGUCGAAAAGCCAAGGCCAGGAUCGUGCUGCUCGGCUUCCAGCAUCCCAAUCUUCUGGACCCUACCUUCAAGACCUCCUCACCAGUCCAGUCCACGCUGGGAAGGAACCUCUUGUACCUCCUUGCAGCCCAUCAUCAGUGGGACCUAGAAGGACUUGACCUGGCAACGGCGUUCCUGCAGACCAUGCCGACCGAGGCCGACAGUCAACUGUACACCUCAGGAGUUGAAGAGCUUCGUGAAGCUCUUGGAGUCGAUGCUGAUGGCAUCAUGAAGAUCCUGCGGAACAUCUACGGAAGCACGACGGCACCUCGAGGACUCUGGCUGGACCUCCACAAGACUCUGACGAAGUUGGGUGGCAUUGCCGUCAUGGGCGAGCGGUGCAUGUGGAUCUGGCUCUCGAAGUCGGAGCUGGACCGAGGAAGACCCCGACUGAUUGGGGCCAUGGGCGGCCAUGUGGAUGACUUCCACCGACUGGGCGAUAAGCGCUCCCCUGAAUGGAUGGCCAUCCGGGAAGCAGUGGACAAAGCCUACAAGUGGGGGACAGCCAAGACCGGCAAGUACCGCCACGCGGGAACCGACAUCACUUCGACCACUGACGAGCAAGGUCGACUUAAGAUUGUCGUGGACCAGAGCUACUACAUCGACGGCAUCCAGGACCUGGAAGUGGACGCUGCCCGCCUUCGCCAAGACGGACCCCUACAACCACAUGAAGUGGCAGCGUGCAGGACUGCCCUAGGGGCACUUCAAUGGGUAGCUGUCCAAAGUCAGCCUCAAUUAUGCAGUCGAUGCAACCUCUUGCUAACUGAAGUUGUGUCUGCUGGUACGCUCCAAACUGCGAGAGAGAUCCAAGCUAUGGUUUCCGAGAUUCGCCGUGAAUCCUUCAAGCUGGAGUUUGUGAAGUUUGAUCGAGCCCUACACUGGACUGAUUUGGUCUUCAUCUCCAUGGGAGACCAGGCGCACAACAACCGAGGCAAAGGAGAUUCUACAGGAGGCCUUCUGACUCUUGUAGCAGGACCAGAAGCUAUCGAAGGAAAGGUCUGCCCCAUGACUCUCCUUGCCUGGAGAACUUGGAAAUUGCGCCGCAAGGCGCUUGGCUCCAAUGAUGCGGAGGUGCAGUCCAUCUACGAGGCUGAGGAUCAAAAUUUCAGAGUUCGCUUGUUAUGGACGGAAAUGCAUGGUGCUCGAGAUCCCCGUCGUCUACGAGAAGAUUUGGUGGAGGCGUCAGAAAACCAAUGUCUACAAGUCAAGGGCAUCCUCUGCACCGACUCCCGCGGCGGCUAUGAUGCCAUUGAAAGGAAUGAGUCUCCGCUACUUGGGCUGAGCAACAUGCGAGCAGCUCUUCAAGCGUUCUCAUUGCGAGAAAACCUCGCCCGGGUAGCCUGUGAGCUACGCUGGCUAGCCUCCGACUACAACCUCGCCGACGCGAUGACCAAGAAGAAAGCCGAAAGCCGACUUGCCCUGCUGAAGUACCUCCAGACUCGACACUGGGCCAUUGCCUUCGACCCCAGUUUUACAUCCGCCAAGCGGAGCAAGAAGCAGGGACACACAGCUGUUGGCCAGGUUGACAAACAUUUCAAGCUCAAAAGCUGA